GUGAGUAGGGGAGUGCAGCAUGGGGGUGGCGAGUGGGGACCCGUUCGUCAGUGUUCUUUCAGGAGUCCAGUUCUUUGCCUUCAUCAGCUGCUUCUGCUUCUUCGACUGCUUCAUUCACUUGAGCAGAAGUCUUGGGCCAGCUUUCAGGUUAGCUGUUGGCUGGUGUUCUCCCUGGGGGAGAGCUGGGAGACUUGCUGUAAUCACUCCCAUUAGCAGUUGGCAGCUCCCCAAUCCGCUUUUCAACCUGGACUGGCUCAGCCCUGAUGUCUGCCAGACCUGCUGUGAUGCUCACCCGUGAGUGCAGGCUGCAUCCGCCAUUUAUUCCUCACCUUGCCCCACGUGGGUGGGCCUUGGCACUAGCUGGCACAGCUGACUCUCUCACACUGUGAAGCCUGUGAAGACCAGCUCCAAGAACCACUGCUCCUAAUGAGAGCAGUUUUGCUCCCUGGCACUUACUGAAGUACAAAGCUGUCGGGGAGCAGAUCUCUGAAUGUGGCUUCGGGAAGGAAUCCAGCCCAGAAAACAGUCAUUAGUGGCCUGGGCUAUGAGUAAAUGUUCUCUGGGAAGUUAAGACAUGAGUUCAAUGGAAUUAUGAUGAUAACGCCUGCUACCUUUAACUUCCAGGCACUGGGCUAAAUACUUUGGACACACGACCUCUCUUAAUACAACAGCUUGUUAAAAUGGACACUGGUCCCUUUUUACAGUUGGAUAAUCUGAGGCUCAAGAGGUGAAAUAACCAGUCCAAGACUACACAAAUGAAGUGGCAGAGCUGAGACCACCAACCCCAGAGCUCAAGCUCUCCCCAUCAUACCCACUCUGCCUUGCAGGACGAUUGGACAUAGAACUUCUAAAAGGUUGUGUGUGCCAGGGGCAGGUGGAAAUGAUUCUAACUCCCACAUCUACCAUGGAUUCAUUGUACAGACUGACCUCCAAGAGACUGGAGAAAGCAGGUUUGGCUCAAACUGACUCUUAUUCAAGAGGCAGAUCUAGGGGCAAGGCCUGGGCAACCGAGUGCCGUGGUUCCCUGCCCCCUCCCUCGUGCUGCGUGCUGUUCCCUAGGAAGGGGAGCCCUGGUGGCAGCAGCUUUACCAGUGUGAAGUUAAGGCAGGGAACUUGCAGCCUGGCAUGUGUGAAGAAGGAGGAAGGGGCAGGCAAGCUUCCAGCCUUGCUGUGAUGUGGCUGGAUGUUUGCACUAUAUAUGAGCCUCAACUGCCCCAGUCACUGUUUCUCCCCUAAAGCCCCAAAGGCAUCACUCCACCUGCUGUCUUCCUGAGUUGCUGUGCGAUCUCCAGCCCCGGUCAUGGAGGCGAGUCAGGGUGAGCUCUGACUUGUAGAUGCAGGGCCCCUGUGCCUUCUGUCCCCCGCAGCUGGCUGUAACAUUCACCAUUACCCCCUCUGAGCCUUUGUUUUUAUCAAGGUAUCCCUACCUUUAAAUGUCCCUUUAUUUUCCUCUCUUCUAGAUACAUCUUCCUACUAUUUCCAAUUCCCGCUUUGAAAACCUUUUGGAGAAUACCAAAGCCCUGCUUGGCUGGGGCCACAUGAACAAUUCUUUCACCUGCCCUCUCUUCCCGAGCAGUUAUAUUCUGAGAUCACACAAGCUGGAAUUCACUGGAAAUGGGGACCUCCCAGAUGGUGGCUCACUGAACCCAGUGCAGGCACAUGAAUAUGUAGAAAUCUAUGUCUGGGGCUGCUGUUCCUGGUCCUUUCAUUGGUAUGGCCUGACUCUUCCAAUUAGUUUUUAAGUGCCUUAAGGAGAGGCAGGACGGCCCAGGAGAAAGGGCACUGAACAGAGGGUAGAGGCCAGAGCUGCCCUGCUGCCUGCAAAGAAGCUGUGCAGACCAGGAGCAGAGGCCUGAACCUGUCACUUGAGCCCGGUUUUUGGAGGCCGGUCCACACUGAGACCAAGGCCAUCCAGUCACUAACGCUCCAGCGGUUCAGCUGGUGGGACCUCGGAGCGGCCUCUCUAGGAAUCCUAUGCUCCGUUUAGGUCCCCCCAGCGCCCACGCCCCCACCUGCCACCCAGCGUCCCUCCUGGUUCUGACGCUGCAUCCUUCUCCCCUGUCAUCCUCCAGGCCCACAGGGCUCCCUGCCCCAACUUUCCUGCCUCAGCAUCCCCCUCCGCCUUUUCUUUCUGCUGAUCCAGCGAGCCGGGCUUUCUCCUUCUCUGGGCUCUCCUCCUCCUCUCCCCCUUGAAUCCAGUCCUGGUUUCCCCGCCGCCAGCCUUCCUUUUCCCUCCGCCCGGGCUCGCUCCCCGCCCCCGCCGCGCCCGCCGUCACCGCGGCGGGUUCAGCCCCUCGCCUACCCGCUCGCAGCCACCCGGGGCUUGGCUCGCCCGGUCCGGCGGCUCCAGUCCGGAUCCCGCUGCUGCCCGGCCCGGGUACGAGUCCCAGCCGCCGGGGAGGAGGCGGCGGCUGGCCCUGCUCCCUUCCGCCGCCUCGCCAGCCCGGGUUUGGCCGGGAGGGAGCAGCUGGGCAGCCCCCCGGAGCCCCUCGGAGGACAAUGCACCCAGCGCUCGGCAACCCCCGCUCGGUCUCGACCUCGUCCGGCUCCUUCCCGCCACCCCCCACCGCCGCCCGGCUGCAGCCCCUCUUCCUCCGGGGGGGGUCCUCCCGCGGCCGGAGAGGCUCGGGCGACAGCAGCACCAGCACCAGCACCAGCCGGGGGGGAGGCGGCGGCAGACCGGCAGAUUGCGGCUCCCCCAGCAGCAGCACCGGCGCGGAGAGAGAGGACGACGACGAGAGCAUCAGCAUCAGCAAGCCGCUGGUGCCGGCCGCCGCCGCCGAGCUCGCGGGGCCCCCGGCUCAGGGGGGCGCCCCCGCCGCCAACCCCGCGCCCGCCGCCUUCUCCUCCUCAGCCGCCACCUCCUCCUCCACCUCCACGCCCACCUCCUCCUGCAGCAUGACAGCCGCGGACUUCGGCGGGGGCGCUGGGGCCGGGGCCGUCGGGGGCCCAGGGGGCCGCUCGGCUGGGGGCGCCGGCGGCCCCAGCCCCGGCAGCGGCACCUCCUGCUGUUCGUGUUGCUGUUGCUGCGGCCGCCCGGGCCGCCGGGGUCGGCACGGCGGCUGUGCCCCCGGCCCGGGGUGCCGCUGGGGCUACCAGGCGCUGUCCGUGGUGCUGCUGCUGGCGCAGGGCGGUCUGCUGGACCUGUACCUCAUCGCCGUCACCGACCUGUACUGGUGCUCCUGGAUCGCCACGGACCUGGUGGUGGUGGCGGGCUGGGCCAUCUUCUUCGCGAAGAACAGCCGGGGCCGUCGGGGCGGCGCGGCGAGCGGCGCGCACAACCACCACCAGCACCACCACCACGCGGCGCCGCCGCUGCACCUGCCCGCCCCCUCGGUCGCCUCCGCGGGGGCUGCGGCCGGGGCCAAGGCGCGCGGCGGCCGCGGGGGCGCGGGCGGCCCGGGGGGCGGCCCGGGGGCUGCUGGGGCGGCGGGCGAGUUUGCCUUCGCCUACCUGGCCUGGCUCAUCUAUUCCAUCGCCUUCACGCCCAAGGUGGUGCUCAUCCUGGGCACGUCCAUUCUGGACCUCAUCGAGCUACGCGCUCCCUUCGGCACCAUGGGCUUCCGCCUCACCAUGGCGCUGUCCGUGCCCCUGCUCUACAGCCUGGUGCGGGCCAUCAGCGAGGCGGGCGCCCCCCCUGGCUCGGCGGGACCCCUGCUCCUGCAGCCCCAGCAGCACCGCGCCGCCGGCUGCUUCCUGGGCACGUGUCUGGACCUGCUCGACAGCUUCACCCUGGUGGAGCUGAUGCUGGAGGGCCGCGUGCCGCUACCCGCGCACCUGCGCUACCUGCUCAUCGCCGUGUACUUCCUCACCCUCGCGUCGCCCGUGCUCUGGCUCUACGAGCUCAACGCCGCCGCGGCAACUUCGUCUUGGGGCCAGGCCUCGCGUCCCGGCAGCUGCAGCCGCCUUCUGCGCCUGCUGGGCGGCUGCCUGGUGGACGUGCCCUUGCUGGCGCUGCGCUGCCUCCUGGUGGUGAGCUACCAGCAGCCUCUCUCCAUCUUCAUGCUCAAGAACGUCUUCUUCCUUGGCUGCCGCGGCCUGGAGGCCCUGGAGGGCUGUUGGGACCGGGGGAGUAGGGCCUCCCCCAGUCGGGCCAGAGGAGGCUACGGCGCUCCGCCCUCUGCCCCACCGCCGCCGCCGCCACCUCAGGGAGGCUCGCAGUUGGGCCACUGCAUCUCGGAGAAUGAGGGAGGGGCCCAUGGCUAUGUCAACACCCUGGCUGUGGCCUCCCAGAAUUGAGGGAGAUAAGGGUUUGAGGGGCUGGAUCUUGGGUUGAGAGACCCAGAUCCCUUGUCCUCAGACCUUCCCUCACCCAGAUAUGAUCAGGCUGUGUUUGGAAGAGGUAACUGCUAAUAGGGCUAAGGGCCGGUGUGUCCUUCUGCACCCCUUGAGUCAAGACUGCUUGGAGGGAGACCAAGUAGCUAAUGGUGAGGGAGGAAAGUCCACUUACCCUAGUCUCCCUUCUUCAUGCCCUAUCCUAAUCCUAGCCUCCAAAGGGCUGGACACUCUGCUUCUUGUUAUUCCCACCUCCACGCUAAUUCCUAUCCAUUGUGGGUGAGAAUGGAGGAAAGGGGGUGCCCAGACAGGGGGCUCUGGGCCUUGGGCCUUCCCCCUUCCUUGGAAGUGCCAGCUUCUUUUAGGCUGUGGUGAGUGGCCAUUGUCCCAUGCCUUGAAAUUGACCCAGAAUCCACUGUUCCCAUGACCUAUUGGAUUUCUUCCAGAUGGUAGAUGCAAAGUCUAUGUGUG